UAUAUCAUUGAAUAUUAUUAUAAAUAAUAGAGAAAAUAACGUAAAACCGUCGAAAUAUGUCAAAUAUAACAGCUGCGGUAAUUGCCAACCGCAAUAAAAAGCAUUUCCUAGGAGUGCCGGCGCCGCUUGGCUAUGUUGCCGGCGUGGGACGUGGCGCCACUGGCUUUACGACACGUUCGGAUAUUGGUCCGGCGCGCGAUGCCAACGAUGUUUCCGACGAUCGUCACGCGCCGCCAGCCACCAAGCGCAAGAAAAAAGACGAAGAGGAGGAAGAAGAUGAGGAUUUAAACGACUCCAACUAUGACGAGUUUAGCGGCUAUAGCGGCUCACUCUUCUCCAAGGACCCCUACGACAAGGACGAUGAAGAGGCAGACGCAAUUUACGAUUCCAUAGAGAAGCGCAUGGACGAGAAACGCAAAGAAUAUCGCGACAGACGCUUGCGCGAGGACUUGGAACGCUAUCGUCAGGAGCGGCCCAAGAUUCAGCAGCAGUUUAGCGAUCUGAAGCGUUCGCUGGCCACAGUUACCACCGAAGAGUGGUCCACCAUACCCGAAGUGGGCGACAGUCGCAAUCGCAAGCAGCGCAAUCCGCGAGCCGAAAAGUUUACCCCGCUGCCAGACAGCGUUCUCUCGCGCAAUCUGGGCGGUGAGACUGCAUCCUCAUUGGAUGCCAGCUCCGGUUUGGCAUCCAUGGUGCCUGGCGUGGCCACGCCUGGCAUGUUAACGCCCACCGGCGAUUUGGACUUACGCAAAAUAGGACAGGCGCGAAACACGCUCAUGAAUGUAAAGCUCUCGCAGGUAUCGGACUCUGUGACAGGUCAAACGGUGGUCGAUCCUAAGGGCUAUCUGACCGAUUUGCAGAGCAUGAUACCCACCUAUGGCGGCGACAUCAAUGACAUUAAAAAGGCGCGUCUGCUGCUGAAGAGCGUGCGGGAAACAAAUCCCAAUCAUCCGCCCGCUUGGAUAGCCUCGGCGCGCUUGGAAGAGGUCACAGGCAAGGUACAAAUGGCGCGCAAUCUGAUUAUGCGUGGCUGCGAAAUGAAUCCACAAUCCGAAGAUCUCUGGCUGGAGGCGGCGCGCCUACAACCGCCCGACACAGCCAAAGCUGUCAUUGCCCAGGCGGCACGUCACAUACCCACAUCGGUGCGCAUUUGGAUCAAGGCUGCUGAUUUGGAGACGGAAACCAAGGCCAAGCGACGCGUCUUUCGCAAAGCUCUUGAGCACAUACCGAACUCGGUGCGUUUGUGGAAGGCGGCCGUGGAACUGGAGAAUCCCGAUGAUGCUCGGAUCCUGCUGUCGCGUGCCGUCGAGUGCUGCAACACCAGUGUGGAGCUGUGGUUGGCCUUGGCACGCCUCGAGACCUACGAGAAUGCGCGCAAGGUGCUGAACAAGGCGCGUGAGAAUAUACCCACAGAUCGGCAGAUCUGGACAACGGCUGCCAAGCUGGAAGAGGCCAAUGGCAACAUACACAUGGUCGAAAAGAUUGUCGAUCGUUCGCUGACAUCGCUUACGGCGAACGGCGUCGAAAUCAAUCGGGAUCACUGGUUCCAGGAGGCCAUCGAGGCGGAGAAGUCGGGUGCUGUCAAUUGCUGCCAGGCAAUUGUGAAAGCCGUCAUCGGGAUUGGUGUCGAGGAGGAGGAUCGCAAGCAAACCUGGAUCGAUGAUGCCGAAUUUUGCGCCAAGGAAAAUGCAUUUGAAUGCGCGCGCGCCGUCUAUGCGCACGCCCUGCAGAUGUUUCCAUCGAAGAAGAGCAUUUGGCUGCGUGCUGCAUACUUUGAGAAGAAUCAUGGCACACGAGAGUCCUUGGAGGCGCUGCUGCAACGCGCUGUGGCGCAUUGUCCCAAGUCGGAGAUACUCUGGCUGAUGGGCGCCAAGUCCAAGUGGAUGGCGGGCGAUGUGCCCGCUGCCCGAGGAAUUUUGUCGUUGGCCUUCCAGGCCAAUCCCAAUUCCGAAGAUAUUUGGCUGGCAGCCGUCAAGUUGGAGUCGGAGAACUCGGAAUACGAGCGUGCGCGACGUUUGUUGGCCAAAGCGCGUGGAUCUGCGCCCACGCCGCGUGUUAUGAUGAAGUCGGCGCGACUCGAAUGGGCACUGGAACGCUUCGAUGAGGCGUUGCGUUUGCUAGCCGAGGCCGUCGAGGUCUUUCCCGAAUUUCCGAAACUCUGGAUGAUGAAGGGUCAGAUUGAGGAGCAGCAAAAACGCACGGACGAUGCGGCCGCCACCUACACGCUGGCAUUGAAAAAGUGCCCCACUUCGAUACCCCUGUGGAUUUUGUCCGCCAAUCUGGAGGAGCGCAAAGGUGUCUUAACCAAGGCGCGCUCAAUACUGGAGCGAGGAAGGCUGCGCAAUCCCAAGGUGGCAGUGCUCUGGCUGGAGGCCAUCCGCGUAGAGCUGCGUGCCGGGCUUAAGGAGAUUGCCAGCACCAUGAUGGCGCGUGCCCUGCAGGAGUGUCCCAAUGCCGGCGAGCUGUGGGCAGAGGCUAUCUUCAUGGAAACGAAGCCACAGCGCAAGACCAAAUCGGUGGAUGCACUCAAGAAAUGCGAACACGAUCCGCACGUACUGUUGGCGGUGUCCAAGCUGUUCUGGUCGGAGCAUAAGUUCUCCAAGUGUAGGGAUUGGUUUAAUCGGACGGUAAAAAUCGAUCCGGAUUUGGGCGAUGCCUGGGCAUACUUCUACAAAUUUGAGCUGUUGCAUGGCACGGAACAGCAGCAGCAGGAGGUGCUCGAGCGUUGCAUUGCCGCGGAGCCCACGCACGGCGAAUCGUGGUGCAGUGUGAGCAAGUGCAUCCGAAACUGGCAAUUCAAAACGCCAGACGUGCUGCGUGCUGUGGUCAGGGAGCUGUCUGUUCCAAUUUAAGUUACCUUCAACAUAACU